AUGCCUGGUCACUGGGAUGUUGAGCAGUGCAACAACAAACAGUUGGAGUUCCAGUUGGCGGGUCACGAAUCGAAUGUCGAGAGUGGACGGCUGGUCUCCACAACGACUGGGUGGGAUGGUGGAGGAGAUGACGCGCGGCUCUUUCUGCACCCCAGCUGCUCUGUUUCAAUCGACUGGUAG